AUGGCGGACUCGCAGACUGACAACCGAUUUGAGUACACGAUCAGUGGUGUCAAAGUUGUGUUUCCUUGCAAGGCUUAUCCGACUCAGUUGUCCAUGAUGAACAUGGUAGGUAUAUUCUAGACUGUCAAUGGUUUAUUUUAUUUCAAAAUGUUCAAUUUUUGUGGUUGAAUGAUAUGAAUUAAUGAAUGGGUUUGCAAGUUUAGCUGAAUCAGCAAGCUCUUAGCUUUAAUCGUAAUUCAACUUCAAAUUCGCCGCAUUUCAUAUCUUUUGUAAUAUUCCGCCAACCUUGAGCAAGUUAUAGGCAAGCAUCACCAAAUGACCUAAUGAGGGAAAUAUAAUUUAUAUUUUCCUCACUAGGCUGUCAUUCAGGGUGGAGUGAAAAUAUGAAUAUUGCCUAAUAGCAAUAUGCAGCAAUAUGUUGCGUUUAUAGAUUCUAGCCCAGAACUCUGAGGAGCUAUCAAAAAUAGUUAAUUAUUGUGUAGUUUCAGAAAAUCUCCAUACUCGCUCAUAGUAAGAAUUGGAAAUUCCUGGGAGAGGUGUUCGUCUCAAAGAUCAGAGAAUUAAAUAAAAUACAGGGUUGUCAAAAUGUGCUGGUAACUGGUGAUACGUCAGCUUCUUUGAGGUUUUUGCAGGCUGUAAAUUGUUGGAGUAAAGCAAACAGGAGGUGUUUAAAAACAGUUAUGAAAUAAAAAAAAUAGAGAGAAAAAUUAAUUGCGUUAAUCGUGCACUGAAUGUUAUUUUUCGUGAUUUUUAACGUGUUUUCGAAUUCCUCCCCCAUUUAGUUUUUUUCCCUCACCGUAAUAUGAUACCGCACAAAGCAAAUAAAAAUAGCUUAGAUGCAUGCGACAGGGUUUGUUUACAUUAUCUUUAAAUAAUCUUCUGUUGAGAAUGAAGAAUAAAAUACCGUAAAAUUCCAAAAAUAAGCACCUCCAUGUAUAAGCCCCUCCAAAUAUAAGCCCCCCAAUCCGGCAACGCAAAAAACCCUCCAUUAAAUUGCCCCUGCAAAUAUAAGCCCCUCGGGGGCUUGUACUUGGAAAAUUGCCAGCAAAUGCAAAGUAAAACAAAGCAAAAACGGAAAAUUUACUUCCAACUAUAAGGCUAGGGCAAUCAAUUUUGAAACACAAAUUUCCCUCCAUAGAUAAGCCCCUCCGAAUGUAAGCCCCUCCGAAUGUAAGCCCCUCCAAAAAUAAGCCCCUCAAAAAGGGCCUUUCGAAAAUAUAAGCACUAGGGCUUAUUUUUGGAAUUUAACGGUAUGCAAGAAAGCUUUCAAGUUUCCCUUUGUUGGAAAUUUGCACAUGUUGCCCUAUUUAUUAAUGAAUUAGGGUUAAGGAGGCAAAGGAAAUUGAGAAUCAAUCUACUGGUGGGUUAAAAACUUUUAACCUGAAUAUUAUUUUGACCUGUAACAAUAAACAACACAUUAUUUUUUUUCUCAAAAACAACCAUAUUUGUUUACUUGUCUGGCAAAUUGGGCUCUUGUCCCAGGCUACUGAACAGCAUAACUUGGAACAAACUCAAAGUAUUUGAUUAGUCAUAGGCCACCUGGGAGCUCAUCACAAACUCUGUUUCAGUUAAAUCCGCAUGAUGAUGAUGAUGACAAUGAUUGUAGUCAGCGUAUUUGCAUGGUUCCACUGUUGUACUCCACAUGAGUAUUGAACUAGUCAGUUCAUUCUCCUUGUCAGUUGAAUUCAUUAUUAUCAUUAUGACAGAUUAUCAGAGGAAUAGAGAGGCAACAGAACUCUCUGCUGGAAAGUCCCACAGGCAGUGGAAAAAGUUUGGCUUUACUGUGUUCCUGUUUGGCUUGGCAGACUGCGGAAUAUGGUUAGUGAAUAUGUUGUAACCAAAAAUUAAACUCAGUUAAUUUUUUUUUACCUACACUGCAAUUAAUUAUCAGUUUCCUUCUUCUCCUAAUCCUAAUUAAUACUAAUUAGUGUUAGCAAGGUGAGAUGACAAUUUCAAAGAGAUCACUUGCCUGAAUACUGGCCUAUGAACCUCCUUCUCACUAACAUUUUUUUGGUUGCCGGUCAGACAACUCAUGAUUCAAAACAGGCUAGACAAUAGGUCACUCCACUAACCCUAGACUGUCAGACAGCACUUUUGUUAUACCUUGGUUAGGAGGCUUUGAGAAUCAACCUAAAUUUAAUUUUGACCUUCACUAUAUACCUCUCUAAUGCUGAAUAAAAUAAUUUUAAUUAUUAAACAAAAUGUUUACUUCUGGAAAGCCCCAACUGGCCGACUACCGGGAACAACUCCAGCUGCUGGCUAAAGAAAGGAUUUAAAUCCAAGAGAGUCUACAUUGUAAUAUUUAUUCAGUGCCCUAAUCCACUGGAUUUUUUUUCUGCAUGUCCUAAAUAGUAAAGUAUAAAAUACACAAUACAUGCAUGAGGUAUAUGCCAGACUGAAGCUUCAUUCACAUGUUUAAUUUUGACGGGCUAAAAAAUUUGACUGGACACUCUGUUCACAGAGAACCGUUCAAUAUUUUCCCUCUGUUUACACAAAAGUAACAAACGAGGUUGAAUUUAACUUUUGUCAGAGAUUUUACCAUUUGCUCAUGUGCAGCUGGGUGCUACUUUAGUAAAUCCACUCAUCCAUGUAAUUACACUGUACAACAGUUAAGACGGUUAUGGUAUUCACACCUUGCUGGUUGUAUUUAUGACUAUACUGGCUAAAAAAUUUGACCUUGAUUUUGGCAUUCAAAUUUUUAAACAGCUAGGUGUCUAAAUUUUAGUAUGGUCACAGUGGUUCUGAUUGAACAGAACCACUAAUGGGUAAAUUGUCAACCAGCUGAAAAUUUGGUGCAGUAUGAACAGAAUUUCAAGCUAAUUUUGAUUAUUUUAUUUUAUUUACUCCUCAGAGAAGAAAGCAAAACUUGAAGAACAAAUGAAUGGUAGGUAUAUUAUUUGCAGAGUGUAUUAUUAAUUUUAAGUGGGCAUUCAGGAUAACUUAUACUUGUAGGUGUACUGGUUGCAUGUUAAGUCUUUGAUUUACAUUUAUAAAUCUGUUUCCCAAACAAGUAUAAUAAUGGUAUUAUUAUUUUUGUCUGAUGGUGGUACAGUCUCCACUUAGACACCAAGACCAAGAUGAGAGCUCCUCAUGAUAAUUUAAGAGGAGAAGCUAAACUUACAGCGUACAUGUGCCUGUUGUUGGUAAAAUCUGUUCUCAAGUUGAACCAGAAUUUCCAUUCUCUUCCUAUAAACAGUUUGGGCCAGGAAACAAAAGAAAUUCUGAAUCAAAUAGGUUGAAUACUGACUCAACUUGAGAAUAGAUGUUGCCUACAAUGUACCUCUCUAGCAGGGGCACUGGAAUAUCAACACUUGGCCCUGUGUCCAUAAUAUUUCUGUAUUAUGAGGUUGGUUUGUACAUUGUCCAGGUUUCUUUGGUGAUGACUGAAAGAUAAUAAUGAUAAUAAUUAUAAUAAUAAUAGUAAUAAUAAUAAUAAUAAGAAUAAUAAUGAUAAUGAUUAUAUUAUUUUUAUUAUUAAUUUUGUUAAUAAUGCAUUGAUUAAAAAUCGCUAUUUUCAGAAGCAGCAGCAGCUGCAGCAAUGGAAUAUGAGGGUGAUGAGCUUUGCAACUGGACACCUGGUGGGCAAGACAUUUCUCCUCCAAAAGGUGCAGUAAAAUAAGAUUUUAACACUUUUUAUGCCAAUACCAUUUGCCAUUAAUUUAGUUGCUUUACAUCCCUGAGAAACUUUGUGUUUUACUUUGAUUAUUCCUCUUCUUGAAUGAUAUUAUAUUUUUUCAUUUCUCAGAGCCAGGAAUUGUCAUUAAGGGGGAUCCAACUCAGUAUAAUAACAUGACUUGCUCAGAACGAAAUGACAUCAAAGACCCACAAAAUACUUCAGUAGGAUUUUGUACUCCAGUUCACCAAACAACAGGUUUGUUGAAACGGUCGUCUUUAGUGUCCUUUUGAACUUCAGUAGGGAUAUGAUAUAGUACCAUGGACAAGUAGGGCUGUUCUAACUUAUGCAGUGCUCAAGAACUCGCUCUUCUCUGAAUGUGCAAAUUUGACCCAGUUUGUGCCCAGUUUACUCAAGAAAAGUAAAUUACAUUACAGUUCAGCUUCAAAUGUUUGUCACUCAAUCUUGAAUUCCAGUCCCCCUUAACCACUCAGCCAUGCCACCACAACACGAUCCACUCAGAUGUUUCUUGAUAAUAAUAGGUUAGAAAUAUUGAAAUUCAGAGUUUUUGUUCGUCUGUUUAACAGUUUUGUGAACAUUUUCCAGUCCGUGGCAUUUGUCUAACUCAUAAUGUAUUUGGUUUACAAACUUAAUACAGACCCAAAUGAGUGCCUCGACAGGAAAAAUGUUACUGAAAGCCCAACGGAUGAUGAUUUUCAACCAGCAAAGAAGCGAUUUAGAACUCCAGGACAGCAGGUGUGAAAUUAUCUCAAGAUUAAUUCCAAUUUGCUAAUGAUUCCUUUGGCUUGCGAGGCUUCAAAAUAACAUCAUAUUAACCAAUGUUCAUGUGGUGGGUUAGCCCUCUUUUGGCCAUAAUAUUUCAAACUGCAGAAGUAAAAUCUUUUCUUUGGCCAAAUGCAUGUUGCCAUUAUUUUGCUACCAAUAUAUAGUGAGCUCAGCAGGGCUCUCAAAGAGUUUUUAAGUAGUAGGCUGAUAAUGAAUAGUAGGCAGCUUUGGAAUUUGCACCAAAGGAGUAGCUGGCUAAGGGUGGCUUACUAGCUGGCAGCUUUGGCCAGCUUGUGGCCCUUAUUGACAGCCCUGGCUCAGCGAUGAAAGUUAUCCCAUUUUAAUGAAAAUUGUCAGCAGGAGCUGUGCCCAAUGUCACCUUAAUUUACCCUUCUGAUGAAUUUUUUAUCAGAAGGUGGCUCAAGGCAGUACAGUCCAUUCUCUAUUAAUAGACACCUCUAUAAGGCAGGCACCUGUAAAACUGACAUCUAGAGUUGGUCCCUGCCUUUCUUUACUCCUUUUAUUUGACUCUCUAUAAGACAGACAUUUAUCUAAGAUGGACACUUAAUGCUGGUCCCAAAGGUGUCCGUAUUAGAGAUCGUUCACUGUAUUCAGAAUUUUUAUUGAACUUAAACUGACACCGUUGUACUCUCAGUGCUUGCAAGAAUAAUUCUCACCUCCCCCAUAAUCCAUUGUUUGUGAGUGCCAACAGGGGCAGUUGUAAACACUUUUCUUUCAUCAAAUCAUGUGUACAUGUUAAAGGUGGUAUCAUCAUCCAAAAAGAGGCGUGUCGAGACACCUGUUGGAGGGCUUGAAAGUGAAGAUAAUGCUGACUACAAGCCUCCAGAAUGGAGAAUGGAGCUAACAAGAGAUAGAUCAGUUGAAAAUGAAUCUCAUAGUGCCAUCAAUAACACCAAGGAGAAAUGCUCUGGUGAUUGCAGUGAUAAAAUAAAUGACAAACCAGACAUCAUAAAGUAAGUAGCUCAAGCUCACUGGAAUGUGUUUUUAUCAAUGUGUUUUAUACAUAGUCCAAGUCAGUAAAUCAGCACCAUUGUCUGAAGAAGACCAGCAGUACACAGUUAAAAUGUCAUGGUCAAUAACCUAGUGUCCAUUGUCAGAUAAACAACAAAUGAGCCUAUCUUAUGAUACAAGCUGUAGUUAAGAAUGCCAAAAAAUCAGAAUUGCUGAUCACUUCCAAUUUUAAUUCUGGGCUGAUAAAUAAAUUUCAAAUAUGAUUGCAAUCAUGGACUGGCAAAAUCAGCUUGUCAAACAAGCUAGGGAUACAAAGAGUGAGAGUUUGUUGCCCUCUGUCAACACUGGCCUAGAUGAUCGAAGAGCCAAUUACCAAGUGAUAGAAUAAUUUUUAUGAAUGUAUAUGUAAGAGGUUGAAAGUUCACUUGAGAGUUAUUUUUGAUAGGAUACCACUAGUCAAAUGGGCAGGGAUGAUACCAUGUUAUAGUUUUAUCAUGCUACAAGAAUAUCUCUGUGUAAUAUGUAAGUUUCCUGUACAUUUUAAAGUACCCAUUCUUUUUAUGUAAUAAUAAUAUUAUUGUUAUUAUAAUUAUGGCAUUUUUUUCCUGUAGAGUCCCAAAAAUUUUCUUUGGAACUAGAACACACAAGCAAAUAGCACAGAUCUCGAGGGAACUGCGAAAGACAGAAUACAAGAGAGUGAGGUAUGAAUGUCUUUUGUUUGUGUUUGUUCAAUUAUAAAAUUGGAAAGCUACGUUAACUUUGUAAAACAGGUGUUGAACACAUGAUGUACCAUUUGAGAUGUUGCCCAAAAUGUUUUAGCCAAAGGUGCAUUUUGAAUUGGGGGUAUGCAUUAUGUGAGAAUAAUAUUUUUGUUCUCUUUUGACUGAAUCGUGAUGUUCAUGCAACUAUGGUAUGUAGUUCUAGAUACUAGGUUACCUUCUUUACCCAUACACUUUCCUGCAGAUGAACAGGGUGCUUUUAGGAAAUGAAACAGGCCACUUGCACUAAGAGGUCACGUGACCAAUGCUCCCUUUAAACAAUGAGUUGGAAUCUUGCUGAUGCCAAAAAUUGACAGAGCACAUACAAAAUAAUAAUCUUCCACCCGAAAUUUGAGAGGAAACGCAUUUAAGGGAGAUAUUUUACGGCACGUUGAUUUUUUAACAAAGUAGUAUGAUUUGUAUUGGCCUCCAUGUUGGAGGGCAUACUCUUGCCCUCCAACAUGAAAAACCAAAUCACUAUUAUUUUGUUUAAGAUAUGACCCACUAAUCGUUUUUCGAAGGCAAAAUCAUAUAACUUUCAUUUUCAUGAAAACGAUGUAAUGUGACCUCUUAGUGCAAAAUUAAUGGUCUAUUGUGUUUGACUUUAAACAAUAGAAGGACUAGCUGAUGGGCAAGGCUGUGAAAGGUAUUACCUACAAAAGUUGGUGACUAAACUUUGCCUGUAUUUAAUAUUAUUUAACUACACAUUAAAUUCUUUGUCAUAGGAUGACUAUACUAUCCAGCCGUGAACACUCUUGUAUUCACCCAGUUGUGUCAAAAGGAAAGAACAAAAACGAGGAGUGUAAAAAGUUAUUGGAUGGUUCAGUGGUAUGUGGAGAUCCGUUUAUUUGCCAUGUGCGCAUCUCCCAUGAUACAGCUUGUUUGUCUCCCCAAAGUUUUGUAUAACCUUUGUUUUUUAAUUUAUUUCUGGGUGUUACAGUACUGUUAUCCCAAGAGAAAAUGGAGACAAUGCAAAAUUGUGCCAAAUUUUUUGGGGGGCAAACAUGGUGCAUUAUGUGAGAUGUGCAAAUGGCAAACGCCUGUACUUUACAUCAUUGCUUCCAUGGUAAUAUUAAGUUUAUGCAUUACAGUGAUCUAUGGUACAAAAAUUAAGCAAGCAAAGGUUAGCUGCAUUUUGUCUUACAUGUCAAAGGAAGGUGGAAGGCACACGCCCCACAAUACAAAAACAAUAAGUUGGGCAGUAACAGCUCCCACCUGAAUAAUGGUAGCUAAGGACUGCUUUCUGCACAGUCAAACAUGAUAUACUGUUUUACUCUUAAUUAGACACCCUGCCUUUAUUUGAAACUUUGCCCUAUGUACACAGCUUUUGUUUGAUCCUGCAUCUAUUAAGAUGUCUUGAGUGUUAAUGAGAAAGACUGCAAGAGGUCUAUGUAUUGGCAAAUAUAACAUCCACUUGUAGCUUGUUACAUUAUUCAAUUACUCAUGUGUGGUAACAGUAUUGUUGUGUUAUUUUUGUAAGGGCACAACUUGUAGGUAUUACCAGAAAGUUCACACAAUCAGGACUCAGACAAGCCUAAAUUACCAUGGCCUGAACCAAGCUUGGGAUAUUGAAGACUUGGUUACUCUAGGUGCUCAAAUCAAGGUACUAUUGACUUACUAGGGCCCUUCAGUUUACUGGCCUGGAGCAGUUUUGCAGACCUGCCUAUACCCCUUUUCAGUGACACAGGCAAAUAAGCAUUCAUUUGUGGUAUGCUAAAUUUGAAGAAAAAUUAGGUAUACUUCCAGUACUUGUAGUCUAAAACUUCAAAGGGUCUACAUUCAUCUAUUCACCAACAAGAACAGGGAGGCAGGCAAUCUUUGGGCACAUCUUUGUUAAAUUUUGUUCAUAGGCAUUUCAGUGUUACAUUUCAUAAGUAUUGUCAUCCAGUGUCAAAAACAAAAGCAAUAAAGCAAUAGUACAUUUUUUUGCUUCUUGUCUGCACAUCAACAGUUUUGACAAACAGAUAUGGCCUUAUGUUCAUGCCAGUUUUGUUUAUUUCAUAGGCCUGUCCAUAUUAUGCUGCAAGGGAGUUGAUGAAAGAGGCUGACAUUAUCUUUUGUCCAUAUAAUUAUCUCAUAGACCCUAAAAUCAGAUAUCAGGUACAUAUUAUUAUCAAACAGGCUUGCAAUGUUUUGUGCAGUGUUUCCUUUUUCAUAGCAAAAGAUUAAGGUGGUACAGCACAUUCAUGUUGACUUGGAGGUGCCAGAACACACAGCAAAAAAAAAUAUCUGCUUGAAACAACUUAUCUUAAUUGGCUGUUUCACUUUAUUGAAGUUGAUUGCCUGGAGUAUCCAGGGACUUCCACUUUUCGCAGGCAGUCCCUAUAAUGCCCCUGUUGCUGGCAAAACCCACAACCCAGCCAUGAGUCCCUACACAAAGGAAAACAGACACCUGUCUUAAUGAAAAUGUCAGUAGGAAAACAAAGGGGUGAGGGGAGAGAAAAUAGGCUGAAUAUCGUCUUGGCAAACACUCCUUGAAAAAUUUUCUCAUGCUACAAUGUGCAAAGAGAGGGGUGUUCAUGGUUCGGGGCUGGUGUAUUUUCCCUUCUGCCAAUGAAUUACGUUCUUAACUUACCUGACAGGAUUUUGCAUGUUUAUAUAUUGUGGAAGUCUUUAAUUUCUCCACCAAUUAAGAGCCAUCUAUUUUCUUAUCAUUACUAUAAAAUAUAAAAUCAUUCUCCAUUAAUUUUUUUUUCUUUUUUAGUUGGAUAUUAAUCUCAAGGAUCAGAUUAUAGUAUUAGAUGAGGCCCACAAUGUAGAAGACUCAGCUCGUGAGGCAGCCAGCCUCACACUGACAGCUGUGGAUUUACAAAACACUUUAGAUGAGCUUGAUAAACUUGGUAAUGAAACUAUGAUUUUACAUCAGUCUAAGAGAAACAUUGUUAAAAGUGUCUUGUCUCAGUAGCACAUGAAACAUCACAACAGCCUGUCAAAAAGACCUGUCAAAUUUAAUACCAGUAGAUUGUUUUAUUAGUGACAUGUAAACUUGUAAUAGAAAAUACCUUCUGGAUGGCUAACCUACAUAUACCUUACUGCCCCUGUAUUUUCUUCGCAUCUAUGUAGUAUUUUUUCAAAGAAAUUACAGAUGUUGGUAAGAAAGUAAAUAAAUCCAGUCUCAGGAAAAAAUUUGUGAGUUUGCGUAAAGAAAACACACUGCAGAUUUGCAUCAAUUUGACAUUGUUUUUCUUUAAAGUUCAUCUGCAGGUGUUGACAGAAAACCACAGGGCACUACAUUUAAUGGUAAACUGACUUAUAAUAGAUAUUCUUCGUGUUAAAUGUUCAGUUAGGUUUUUAUCUUCUUAAAUACAGUUACAAAAAUUAAUGUUUAUUUCCUCAAUUUAUUUUCUGUCGAGACAUCCUUUGGCAUUACUACUGUAUAGUACUUUCUUUUCAUAUCUUUGGUAUAAUUGAAAAACCGGUCAGAAAUUAUGUGAGUUCUAACAGGGCUGUCAUUAAGGCCUGGGCGCUGGGGAUUUCCGCCGACAACUGUGGGUUUGCCCCCUGGCUAUACUUUCAUAGGAAACAAAAAUUGAUGGAAAAUAUAACUUCCUAGCUGCCUACUAGCUGCACAUACCCAGGAACUUGAAAUCUUGGUGACAGCCCUGUUUAAUUUCAGGCUAUUGGAUGAAAUCGUGACCAGUCAAAAGACAUUUUUCUCAAAGACAAACAAAAUCACUGUUACUGUUAUUAGUUUUCAGGGUAACUGUGUUCACGCUAUCAUGCCAAAAUUUAAUACCCUAUAAUCUGUUGUUUCCUCAGGUUGGGAGCUUUUUAAGAUGGAUUCACGAGAGCUGGUCGCAGUUAAAAGAACGAAGCUUUGAACAGUCAUCUAAAGUCUGGUCUGGCAGAGAAAUUGUGGCAGCGAUGGAGAAGCAAGGAAUUACUCCGGCAACAUUUAAAAUUUACUCUGUAAGUGGUUUCUUAUUCCCCUUUUUAUAUUCUUUCUAGUUGUUUCUUGAAAGGUCGCACUGCAGGACACAUUUUCAAGGUGCCUUUGAUGACUUCUUAUUCUUCAACCCUGAAAUUAGUUUAGUGUUUAACUAACUGAGUGUAGCCUGUGUACUGCCGUGGGUUAAGUGCAUAUCAUCUCUUAAAAAUAAAAGUUAGAACCUCAAUUUUAGGGCUGUAAAUUGUUGAAAUUAAUGUAUUUAACUGUGUGUUUAACUGUUUUCUUAAUUGUUAGGAACAUUUUCAGUUUGUCAUGGCAUCUGCUAAAGAUCCAAACAGGUACAUUAGACAUCACUACAGAUGAUGAUGCUUAUUAUUUUGUUUUGUUGCUGUAAAAUUUGGUGCAAAUAGAGGACAUUGGUUUGUUUCCUGUCUUUCAAGCACGAAAUUUUACAGCUACCUUCAGUGUUCAUUAGGCUUUGGAGAUUGGAGAAUUCUCCAGCUAACGUUUGGUAGCCUUGACAAUUUUUUAUUAAGACAUUGAGCCUCUAUCAAAAUAUUCUCUUGUAACGUUACACUUUUCUCCUGCUACUAGAAUUCUUACUGAAAACCCUGCACCUAACUGACUGGUUAUUUAUUGUAAUAAUUUUAUUACAAUAAAGUUGAAACCCUCCGGUAAACAUUGCAAUGGCUAUCAUGGUUACUUUCUUCAAAUGUACUGACAUUUUCCAGAUUUUUUUUAAAAGAGAUAUAGUUCUAGACUUCAGAAGUAGUUCAUCACUUCAUUGGAACAAUACUAUUUUAUGGUAAAAUAUGACCACACUCAUCAGGCAAUAUAUAUAUUGACCAACAAUGAGUCAAUGAGGGCAAGAUAUGGGCCAAGUUUUUUCGUAUUUUUAUGGAUGACAGACAAAGUUGAGGUCAAUUGAAAGGCAAAAUUGAUCUUAGUAGCUUGUGGGACUUAAAGGGUUAAGAACGAAGGCUCUAUAUUUUAACACAAUUAUUCCCCAUACUAAGGGCGGUGCCCUCUUCAAUAAAAUUAUAAUACAGUAAAAACUUGUGUGUGGGAACCUAUACGAGUGGUUUCGGAAAUUUGCCAUUUUAAUACCCAAAAAUAUCAGAACCUCUUUAACCAAGUGACAUCAAGCAGGUUCUUAUAAUAUGUGGGUUACAGUUGAAUUGUGGUAAACAUUGUAACAAAGGAGUUUAACUUUGAGUUUGCAAAUUUGUAGCUAUUUACAAGAAAAUGCUGUACUAAACUGAAGUUACAAAUAAAAGUAUUACAGUAACUGUUUUUACUAUUCCUAAAACAAACACAGGUUUAUGUCAGGUACAGACUCUAAUUUUAUGGGCCUUGCGUAAAGUAGGCUUGCAAUGUACAGUUAUUAAUAAUACUGUACUAUGUAAGGGCCAAACUUAUUUUUCUGGUAUUCAAAAACGGUAUAUCCUUCAUAGAAAUUAAGAACCUACUUAGCCUAAAUUGCCAAUAACUUCUACAAAAUACAAGAACCCCUUUUGCGAGACUUAAAAAAAUUCUAGAUUCUUACAAGCAGGUUUUUACUGUAUUAUUACUGUUACUAUUGAAUUGCUUGAAAAUAGGCCACUUUCGAAUUCCAAAACCCUCACUUUAAAAAUGAGGCCAAGUGCACAACCUUUCCUGCGAAAAUGAGUUUUAUUUGCUUGAGAAUGAAAGAUGGUUUCUAUAUCAAAGGCUGAGCACAUAAUCUCGUUUUGAUACAGAGGCCCGAGGGAACUUGGAAAUGGUCUAUUGUGUCCGUUUUUUUUUCUUUUUUGAAGGCAAGGAAUGCCGUCAUUGUCAUCUCACAGUGCUUCUCUUCUGGAGGGAAUAUUUCUGGUGGGCGGCUUUAUGAUGGGAGACAAUAUGAAGUAUAUUUCUGAUUACAGGUUUGGAAAUAAUAAGAGAUUGUCCUUCCAAUUUGAAACAUUUAUACACUGUAACAAUAUUUCUUUCUUUUGUUUUCCUUAUCACUUUUGUCCUUUUGUAAGAUUCAUGCCUCUUCCCCUAGAGUGCAUUCAUUAAAAGUCUUCUUUUUUUUACCUAGGCAGAGUAAGCAUGCUCUGAUGACUCCAUACAAAUACUUCUAAAAUUGGCUUGGAUCGUUACGUUUAAAGUUCACGCCAAUUUUAGAAUGAUUUAUAUGGAGUCAUCAGAGCAAAACAGUGCUUAUAUCUCGCCACCAAUUUGCUCCAACAGGCUGAUCUUUAAUUUUCCUGAAACAAACAUAUUGGAAAACGAGGGCAAAGAAAAAUUUUAUUGAACCUCAAGAGAGGAUCAGAAUUAAUCCUUCGUGUCGAUGUGCUUCUUAGAACUGAAAAACUGAACCUAAGAAAGUUCACUGAAAGCGACUAAAAUCUAUUCGUAUAAUGUCAAUGAGUAGAAUAGGUGGGACGUAAAUCAUCAAAUUAUUAGAACUCAGUUUAGUGGAAAAUCAACGAAUCGUCAUAUAAGUCGCAAUAUAUUUAGCAGGAAAUGAUACGAGAUUAGACCACUGCUUUUGUGAUCUGUCAGUACUACUAAUUGUCCAGACAGUGUCCAAUAAAGGGAAUAGACUGUAUUUAAAGAAGUAAGAUUGAAACAUCAUCGUUAAUACAAGGUGUCUGAAAAACUUUCAGAUGUGCAAUACUGAAGACGUCUGUAAUGGUCAGAAACGUGGAGGCCUUGGUAAGUUGAAUGAUGAUGACUGUUCCAAUAUUCUUUAUCAUGAAAAAGAAAAUCAAAAUGGUAAUAUUUGCAAUGAUCAUAAAAAGCACUGAAUGAUAAAAAGUAAAAAAUAAGUCAUUUCUAAGGCUGCGUGCGAACGGACGCAACAACUCCCAACAUUGUUGCGCCAACAAUGUUGGGAAUUGUUGCAUGCGUGUUGACAGGGGUGUGCAAACGGAUGCAACAACUCUCAACAAUGUUGGGACCUGCAGUGCAUCGUGGGAAGGGUACAACCCAUAACUCUUUGUAAACCAUGCGUAAUGAGCGUGCGUGGCCCCAACGAUGUUGGAAGAGCUGUGCAAACGGAUCCAACAUUGUUGCGCUACGCUUCGGCGAUCACGGAACAAAGGAAAUGUUGGGAGUUGCUGGCUGAAAAGUUUGACCGGUUUCAAACUUUGCGCAACAACAUGCAACAAGGUGUGCAAACAGACGCAACAUGUAUCAUCCAACAAUGUUGGGAGUUGUUGGCCAACAAUGUUGCGUCCCUUUGCACGGGGCCUAACAAGACUCGAUUUCUUUUACCAAAGUUGUUUUGAGGGAGCUCCUGAGCGAUCAGAACAUAAAAUAGUGUUAGUUAAUUUGUAAAAAACACCUAGGCUGAGAUUCCAAGCACGCUUAGUUAAGAAAGGUAAGGUAUGGUGUCCUGUGUUACAAGGAUCGUGAUGUAGUAUGCUUUGCGAUCCGCAUCUGGCAAGAAGGUUACAGUGUUCAUUAAGUAACCUACUAUUUCUCUUCCUUUCUUUUCUUUAUGUAUCAAUUCAGCCUGGAGGCUGGCGAAGAUCUCAUUCAGGUAAGAAUACUAUUAAGGGGGCAUUAAGGGUUGCGAUUUAGCCAUUUUGCAACGUAGCCCUUUCUCUACUCAAACAUUAAGAUUGCACCAAUUAUAAUGUUAAAGGCGAAAAUUGUGACUUUCCUUUGGCAGCUAGUCAGUCAUGCACGUGGUAGGAGGCUGACAUGCACAAGGACGUUUUAGUUCCCUUGUCUUGUGCUCCUGUUUAUGUUUGUGUUGCAACCAUGAGUGCAAAUAAACUUGCUACAAGUCGACCUCUCGUAAUUUCUUGAAGCGAGCUUCAAUGAGGUUGCGACAAAGCGAGCGACGAAGUCACGACGGUCGACUUGUUUCACCGGAAUGGAUUUGAAGCAUGUUGUAGAUGUACGCGGAAAAAAGCAAAUACGGAUGUAUUCCUCGAGGUUCUCAGGUUACGUCAUGCUGAUACCCUCAUUCUCCUAUUGGUCAAUUGUCAUGACGUCACCGUUGCAAUUUCGAUCGGUGUAUUUCGCGUCCAACAGGUGUGAAAAGUCCUUUAAAAUGGCAUAACCAACCAGGACAAAAAUUAAAGGACUUAAGAAAGUCGAAAGUGCAAACAACAACAACCUUGGGUACCAGAGGUUUUUUUUUUCUCGCGUGCGGCUGGAUGCUUCGGUGUCGUCCGUGAUCGAAACCGGAAACUGCGCAUGAAAGGUCUCUGACACCCAGGGUGGAAAGACUCACCAUCUGGCUAACAAUCCUGAGGCCGACAGUGCGCUCAUUUUUCACCCCUCUCUCCGUCAGAGCUCCCUUUUACUGGUAUUUGAAUCUACACAGAAAGGGCAGAAGUUAAAAAAAGGAUUUGAGGUGACACCUGGAAAUCGAACUUGGGACUCGACUUCUUGCAUAGAAGGCUACAUACAUACCAACUCUGCCAAUCUUUGAUUCUUUUCCUUUACCUCCUACAGCUGUUUAAUGCUAAAAAAACGGGAUAUGUUCCACUUGUGUGCGCCGCUUUGUACAGCCUCUUUCUUGCUUUACCUGUUUUUCACACCUUCAACUGUACUACAGUUCUAGUCAAACUCCGGUUUACGGACACCUCGUUCAUACGGACACUUUCUAUGACCCCCUCAGUGUUUCGUAUUAACGGGACUUGACUAUAAUAGGGAUAUGCACGAUUGAUACUACAACGAUAACAAUUAUUUUUAAUCCCUCAGGAAUGAGGAAGGAAUGGACACAUUCGUUAAAUUUCUGGUGUUUGAACCCUGCUGUGGUAAGACACGCACUCACCUUUAAAGUAGAUAGCUGAAAUAAAAUAUGUUAUGGUUUUUCUUCUUAAUAUUUACCUACUCUUGUACAAAAUAAUAUUUCUUUGUACCAUCACUCUUUAUCACAGAUGACAGAGAACUUUUAUAGUGGGAUCAGGAAAUAAUUUUUCCUUCUGGGCGGGUGAGAGCUGUUUGGAUUUGUUCAUUCACUAGUUGUCACCCCUUUUCAAUUCCCACAGCACAGU